CUCUGAACCGAUUCAUUGAAGAUUUCAGGUCAUUAAGUUUCAUGGGAAUUUCUCUCUGCAGGUACUAUCAUAAUAUAACAUCGGUAGUUUUAGAGGCAAUGGCAGAACAUCAUGUGAAGACAAUAAUGUAUUCUAGUACUUGUGUAACUUAUGGAGAGCCUCUGAAGAUGCCUAUCACAGAACAAACUCCUCAAAUGCCCAUCAACCCAUAUGGAAAAGCCAAGAAAAUGUCGGAAGAUAUCAUAAUCGACUUCUUCAAAACCACCAACAUGGCUGUCAUGAUCCUAAGUGUUAUUGCUACCAUUAUGUCCCUUCCAAGUCCUUCAACUGCUGGCAGGUUGCUUUUGCUUCUUAAAUCUAUUGGUGAAGUCAGUGAGACUUCCAGUUCCAAGAGGUCCAAAAAGAAAUCUGCAUACAGCAUUGGAUCUUUGGUUCAGGCAGAGAUUUUACUGAAAUUAAGCCUCUGGAACUGAGAUUGAAAUUAGGAAUUGGUUUCCGUGGGAGGGUUCACAUAACAGAGGCAAAAUAUACUUAUGUAGCACAAAUCACGCUGUCUCAAAUGUUUGUGGUUGGAAUCAAGGUUUAAU